AUGGAACUACUCACUUCUUUGGACUUUCAUACCCACCUGAUGGGUCUCAAAUCCUAUCUGGGAAAUCCGCAAAAUUCCAUUAAGAACGACGGCAGUUUUUUGCAUGAUGGGAACAUGUUCGUAUACUCUUUGCCCCGACAGGAAGGCCAUGGUAAACCAAAGCCAUGUGUCAUUACCAUCGCAGGCCGGGUUUUGAGUACUGGCAAUAAUACGGGCAUGACUGGUAACUAUGUGUCGUCCAAGUCAUCUGCGAAGUCAGGAAAGCGAACGGCCCUAUUGGGCAGGCCUUACGUUGAGGGUGUUGCUUCGGACUGGGACAACAGCAUUCAGAACCUCAAAGACAUCAUUGGUCGUUUGACCAACGGAGACGGCUACGAUGUUGCAUACCUGUGGCAGGAUGACGACGCGGACGCUAAUGAUGGAGCGCUGAGGUUUGGAUCUCCUUUAUUUCGCCCUCUGAAAACUGGCGAAACUAAAGAUUCUUCAAUCGCUCAAGUUAUUCCUACGGGAAAGGAACAUACCGAUUUCUGGAUGGAUGCAAUGAAUGGCUUUGCAUUCACCGACUUUCCUGCGUUCGACAUGGAAGGUUGCAAGAUUGCUAACAAGGAUGUUCAAUCUUCGAUUGAAGGCGCUACAGUCGGUCUAGAUGUUCUGGUUCGUGGUUGGAAAUUCAAGGCAGACAAGAAAUGGGGUUUUGCACUCGAUCUGAAGCGGUUGUCGAUCAUUGCUCCUCCGGAAGAUGACGAAGAAGUGGAGCUCCCGGCCUUGCCUAGCAGUCAAGGGUCGACGAGCUCCGCCGCUGAUCGUCCGGUUGGGUCGUCCUCGGUUUAUAGGACCACUGAUGACGAUCUACCAGCACUUGUAAAUGCAAGAAACGACGAAGGCACUCCUACACAGGUUGAGGCUCCUAAAAAAUCGGGUGGGAAGCACGUUAUACCUGACGACAAGAAUAACUCCGAACUUAACACGCGUUCUAGCACGAGGUCUACCAAUAAACGCGAAGGGUCCCCAUUGCUUCGAACGAAGAAGGUGCCAAAGAUUGUUGGUACCGACGUCCAUACCUCCGCGUAA